UGGACGUCUUCAGGAGGAGAGAUGGCGUCAGCUCUUCCUCUCGUUGUGCUCCUCUGUUUGGCCGUGUCUGCUGCUGCAGCCUGUCCUCCUGGUUGGUCUCGGCUUGGCGCGCGCUGUUUCAUUGUUCAACGCAGAAGACUGACGAUGGCUGAUGCAGAGCUCAACUGCAUCCGUCUUGGUGGGAACCUGGCCUCAGUCCACAGCUACAGGGAACACCUCGUGAUCAGGAGUCUGAUUAGAAGAGGCCUUCACUUUCAUGCGCGUGUCUGGAUCGGGCUGUCUGAUGCAAUUCAGGAGGGAAAGUGGAUGUGGACGGAUGGGUCGAGGGUCUGGUUCACUCGCUGGGCUCGCAGGGAGCCCAACAACGACAGAGGAAGAGAAGACUGUACCGAGAUCAUCUUCAGAGGGAACUAUUGGAAUGAUACACGAUGUACCAAUAGGUAUGCUUCUGUUUGUGUGAGGAGACGUUGAUGCCUCCGUCCUCCAUCUGCCCUCCUGUGUACCGACAUGAUGCCACUUCCACCAUGACGACGUUACUUUGUCUUUGAUGUUACACUUAAAUAAGAGCAACUUUCUCUGAUGAUUCACUUUUCAUUUAAUCCUUCAAAUCAGAAUCCAGCAAAUCAGUAAAUGGCAGCAUAGGAAAUUGAAAUCAUUUAACAUUUUUGAUUUUUUUCUCAUUUACUGUCAUAUAUUCACUAUCUUUCAUUUCAAUCACAAUCAAUACAAAAAAUAAAA